CUCUACUUUUGCCUAAACUUAAUCCCCUCUAAUCCCAUUGAUUUCUUCUUCUUUGCCAAACCUUCCUCCAUCACUUAAUCCCCCUCUAAUCCCAGGCGUGACUUGGGUUCAUCGCGCCUGAGUUCAUCUUGGGUUCGCGACGAACCCAAAGCACGCCUGGGUGGUUCGUCCUGGGUUUUUCUCAAACCCAGGAUGAACCCAGCUCGCAAGACUAGCUAAGAUGGAGGAGUUUACAAAUGCUGCUGGGGGGCUGCGCAUCCCAAAGAAGCCAAGGAACAAGUCAACGACUUCAGCUACGGCGAACAGAGGGGUGCCCGAGAGAGAGUGCUUGCCCAGCACUUCUGCCCGGGCCGUGGAGGUGCAGCCAAGGCCGGAGCCUAUGACGGGGGGUAGUGAGGAUGCAAGUGAGGAGAUGGCACCUCUCCAGAGGAAGAAGAGGAGGGUGGCAGAGCUAGAAAACAGGGGGGACGAGGUGGUGGAGUUCGUGCCCCAGCCUUCUCCAGAAAUCAAUCCUGAAGACAGGGAGAGAGGAAAGGUCGAAGUGCGAGGCCUUGAUCGGGGCAGGGAGCGCACCCCUCCGCACGUGUACCAGAAAAGUUUGUUUCAGGCGACAAACAAGACUGGGGCGAAACACUUCCUCAACGCUACCCUUCCUGAGGUGGAUAGGAUACGGGCGAAGGACGAGGUGGUUAGCCAUGCAGGGUAUACCAUUAGUGCGAGCUGGACAAACGCUCUAGCACAGGAGUAUGCAGAGAGCGUUAGAGAUCGUGCCAGCUUGCAAAGGCAGUGUGACCAACUUCAGAGGGAGAAGGAUGAGCUGCAGAAGGAGAAGGUGGAAUGGGAGAAGCAGAAGAGGGAGAUGCAGAGGAGGUUGGAUGAAGUUCUUCCGUCAGUGACCGAGCUCCAGAACGAGAAUAAUGUCCUGAGCACGAAGCUCGGCCUCGAAGAACGUAAAAGGAAGAUCUGCGAGGAGAAACUUGAGGCUCAGGACAAAUAUAUGGACAAGAUGAGGAAAGCAACCGCGAAGCUGAAGAAGAAUGUGAACCUGCUGGUUCACAACGGGAUGGAGGAGCACAUUGGCAACUUCCUCAACUCCAGCACCUUCGAGGACAUCCUCAAACUCUACCGUCUGCCAACCGCAAUCGUGGCCUUCACCGACUAUAGAAAGAAAGUGAAGGCCCAGUACCCAGAGGUGGAUGUGACAACAGUCACCUUUGGGGAACAAGAAGAAGGGGUGGAGAAAGAUGGGGAGAGCCUCUGUGCUGACUUCCGACCUCAGAUCACGCUGAGGUGGGAGCGUGAUGCAGAGGGGCGCACUAUGUUUCCUCCAACCUUCGAGGCUGAGUUGGUGGCAGUGGGGGGAGAAGAAGAAGAAGAAGAAGAGCAAGGCACUGGAGUUGGGGAUCAAGCAGCAAGGGCCGAAGUGCAGCCUCCUGAGGUGCAUCCAGUCUCCUCUGACGAGGUGCAGCAGCUGGCCCCUCCUGAAGUAGAAGUGCCCCUCAGCCUGCUGAAGACGAACCCAGGUCCCCACCUCCUCUUGCUGAGGAGCAGCCUCCUCUUCCAGCAGAGUAGUUUAGGUUUUCUUUGCGUUAUUGAUGUAAAUAACAUUGUUUAAUGUAUAAAAUUUUUGAAUUUUA